AGGCUGCAACUGUGGUCAGACAAAGGUUUCCUGUUUUUCCUGUUUGCUCUUUCAUCGCCCUGUGCCAGCGGAGCCUGGGGGUGUGCUUUGCCUGUGGCCGUGUGUGGAGCCCCGAGGGACAGAAAGGAGGACAGCACCACGAGGGAAAGGAGCAGCCAUGUACAGGAGAGACCUGAGCGGCUGGUUUAUAGAUGAGGACACAUUAAAAGAACAGUUUGAUCCCUAUGAGUUUCCACGGGAGACAUACCUGCUGUGCGAGCUGUGGUGGGGUGAGAAUGGCAGGAGCUGGACACACUGGGUCAGAAAUGAUCAUGAUGACGAUCGUCAUGCAGAAGAGUACUUYCUGAAUGAAAUCUUUGAGCUGAGAAGUAACAGGAGCUGUCACAUCUCCUGGUACCUGUCCUGGAGCCCCUGUGCACGCUGCUGCGAUGAAAUACUGAGAUUCCUGCGGCGUUGCCCCAACGUGCACAUGGACAUACGCGUAGCACGGCUCUACUACACAAACAUUGAAGCAAAUCGCAGAGGCCUGAGGGCACUUGACAGCUUGACAGACAGAUUAAGGAUCAGAGUCAUGGAAAUGGCAGACUAUAGUUACUGUUGGUAUAACUUUGUACAAAGAGAUGAUGAUGAUGAUGAUGAUGAUUAUGAUGAUGACGACGACUGGACCUGGAACUUUGCACCAGGGAUCAGUAGGAAUCGUAGGAGGCUCAACUAUGUCCUUCAGCGCCGUUAUUAAUAGAAUCAAAGGAUCCCMGACUAUCUCARGYUUUGAAA